AUGGCCAGUAAAAUCAUUGUCGUUGGAGGUGGCUUAUCUGGACUUUCGGCCGCUCAUACCGUUCUAGAGCACGGUGGUAAUGUGCUUGUGCUUGACAAAAAUUCUUUCUUUGGUGGUAAUUCAACAAAGGCCACAUCUGGAAUAAACGGCGCCUUAACAAGAACACAAAUAGCUCUGGGCAUUAAAGAUUCGGUAGAAGCCUUUGCAGAGGACACCACGAAAUCUGCGCGUGACCUUGCACGACCUGACCUAAUCAAAGUUUUAACGGGAAAUUCGGCCUCAGCUGUCGAAUGGCUUCAAGAGAAAUUCAAAUUAGAUUUAUCGUUAGUUGCCCGCUUAGGAGGGCAUUCACAUCCACGUACUCAUCGUGGAAAAGAAAUGUUCCCUGGCAUGACAAUCACGUAUGCUCUUAUGGAGCUUUUGGAAGAAUUUGCUGAAAAAGAACCAAAUCGAGUUCGGAUUCUCAAGAAAGCUCGAGCCACUAAACUCAUCAAAGAAGGUGAUGCAGUUGUAGGUGUUGAAUAUGUAAAGGACGGUAAUACAUUCGUAGAAUACGGUCCAGUUAUCCUUGCAACAGGCGGAUAUGCGGCAGAUUUCACAGAGGACUCGUUACUCAAAAAAUACCGGCCAGAUAUUUAUGAUUUGCCAACAACCAACGGCGAGCAUUGUACAGGCGAUGGUCAUAAAAUGGUUCUUGCAAUUGGUGGCAAGGGAAUCGAUUUAGAGAAAGUUCAGGUUCACCCGACUGGUUUAGUCGACCCAAAAGAACCCGAUGCCAAAAUUAAAUUCUUGGCUGCUGAAGCACUUCGUGGUGUUGGUGGACUUCUCUUGAAUGCAGAAGGCAAACGAUUCUGUGAUGAACUGGGUCGUCGUGAUUAUGUCACUGGAGAAAUAUGGAAAACUAAAUCUCCUGUUCGGCUUGUUCUCAAUGGCAAAGCGUCAAAAGAGAUCGAAUGGCAUUGCAAACAUUAUGUCGGUCGUGGAUUGAUGAGAAAAUUUAGCGGAAAAGAGCUUGCCAAGGAAAUCGGAAUUUCCCCGGCACAAUUAAAAGCAACAUUUGACGAUUAUAAUGAAAUUGCCGAAGGUAGAAAGCAAGAUCCUUAUGGCAAGAAAUUCUUCCAUAAUCCUCCAUUCACAUUAGAAGACACAUUCCAUGUUGCUAUAAUGAGUCCUGUGUUGCAUUAUACUAUGGGUGGUGUCGAGAUUAAUGGUGACGCUGAAGUCAAGAGCGUCGAAGGUAAAGUUAUCCCGGGACUUUAUGCCACUGGUGAAUUGGCUGGUGGUGUGCAUGGUGCGAAUCGUCUGGGUGGCUCUUCUCUCUUGGGAUGUGUAGUAUUUGGGCGUGUUGCUGGAGAUUCUGCGGCUAGCUAUUUAUUGCAUAAUUUAUCUUCCAUCGAAACCGCGAAUCGUCGUCUUGAUCAAAUUGCACAUCAUCUCGGUUCAUACGAAACCAAAAUUUCUGUAGAUCCAAGCUCUCAAAAAGUCAAUGUUGAGAUUUCUUGGGCUCAGAAAGGAUCUGCUGCAAUCACAUCAACUGCGUCAACUGCUUCUGCACAAACUCAAGUUCCCACAUCUACACCCGCAGCCCCGGCUCCGGCCCCGGUGGAGCUCAAAUCUUACACACUUGAGGAUGUUGCCAAACAUAAUAAAGAAAAUGACUGUUGGGUAGCUGUUAAUGGACAAGUAUUAGACGUUACGAAAUUUUUGCCUGAACAUCCUGGCGGCAAGAAAGCUAUCCUCCUUUACGCCGGUCGUGAUGCGACCGAGGAGUUCAAUAUGCUUCAUGACAAGAAUGUUAUUCAAAAAUACGCUCCAGAUACUGUAAUUGGUAAAUUGGUCGAGAGUUAA